GCAAAGCAAGCGGCACAAGCCAAGCUCAGGCAAGCGGGCGGCACCUCAGCUAGCCAACAGCAACCGACAGAUGGCUUCCUCCGGCUACCUCAGAGCGGCCAGCGGCGCCACUCGCAGCCGCCACACGCUCCUCCUCCGGCAGCGCCCCGCUGCUCCGGCCACAAGCGCGGCACCGCGCGCGCUCGUCGCUUCCUCAGCGACGCGGCACGCGUCGGCAGUCCCCAACCCGCCGCCCGGGGCGGAGCCUUUGCCGGAGGACGCGCCGCGGCAGACGCCGCCGAGGCUCGGGGAGGAGGACCCCGUGGGACCUCCCACGCCGACGCCCAAGGAGAAGAUAACCGGCACACCGCCGUCGGAGGAGGACGACGGUGGGCUACCCGGCGGAGUGCCGGACACGACCCCGCCGCCGGAGGUGCCGCUGCCCCCUGUGUCGCCCGAUGGUAGCACCGUCUAGCUCGCGUGGUCCGUCUGUGCGUGCUUGCUGCGUGGCUUUUGCAUACGGUGUCAGUGUGUACAUACAUAUUGCAGUGGAGUACGUUCUACCUUUUUCACUACGGAGCACCGCGUGUACUGUUGUAUUCUCUCGAGUCACGAACAUGCAGCUGUUGGUGCGCGGAUGGUGUUAGGCUUUGCCUUCUCAUAAAUCAA